AUGUCUUCUGCUAACAGUGGCCUUUUCCGCCCUUUGCUUACGAUAGGCGUUGCACUCUUGUACUUCUUGCUUGCUGGCCAAGCGUACGAGGAAGUCUCCGAUAACACAUUGAAUGCCCUUCCUCGUCCGAAUAAUGACUUCGACAUCCAUAAUGGAGCACUAUUAGCGCCUAUUCUAAGGCCUCGAGUCUCCGGAACGGCGGGCUCUGCAGCCGUCCUCGAGCACUUUGCGGACUUCUUCCGCACGACCCUCCCAAGCUGGAAUAUCCAAUUCCAGAACUCCACGUCGACAACUCCUGUAUCGAAAGGAAAGGAGGUUCCCUUCGUGAAUCUCAUUGCGUCUCGUGACCCUCCGUGGGCAGCCCCAGGCGACGUUGGAAGGCUUACACUCGUUGCGCAUUAUGACAGUAAAUACUCGCCGGAGGGUUUCAUCGGGGCAAUUGAUAGCGCCGCCCCUUGCGCAAUGCUUAUGCACUCCAUGAGGAGCAUUGAUUCAGCCUUGACAAAGAAGUGGGAGAAGAUGCAAGCAGAGGGCAACGCCGACUCGUUGGAGGAGCAAAAGGGCAUCCAAGUCAUCUUCUUGGAUGGAGAGGAGGCAUUCAAAGUAUGGACUGCAACUGAUUCGCUGUACGGGGCUCGUUCGCUGGCCGAGCAUUGGGAUUCGGAGGUAAACCCUGCUAUGUCAACGUACAAGACCCCUUUGUCUUCUAUAUCCCUGUUCGUACUUUUGGAUCUCCUCGGCUCUAAAAGUCCAACUAUCCAGUCCUACUUCUCAACUACGCAUUGGGCAUAUAAGAAGCUGGCUCAACUUGAGAAGCGAUUUCGAGACCUUAAGCAGUUCAAGUCCUCUGUUGAUUCAUCCCACCCAGCAUGGUUCAUUGAUAUGUCGAAGUCGGAGCAUGACAUUACCACUUUCCUCGGCAUACAGGAUGACCAUUUGCCAUUCCUGGAACGUGGUGUCGAAAUUCUGCAUCUCAUCGACGCUCAUCCCGCCAAAGGAUUCCCACUGGUGUGGCAUAACGAAAAGGGCGUACCGGACGAUGGCGAACAUCUGGAUCUAGCAACCGUGGAAGACUGGAGCAUGCUGAUUACAGCAUUUGCGGCCGAGUGGAUGGAAUUGGAGGGCUUCAUGCCCCAACCCAUCGGCGAAGCGCCGCCCGCAAAGAACGCCGACCGUUUGAACAAAAAAACUGAGCUGUAA